UUAUGGGGCAUUUCCAAGUUAAAGCUCGCGGCGUCUAUGAGACGUUCACUACCCCAGACCCUUACUUACAAAUUGACCAUCUAUGCUAUACACCAACACAUAAACAGCCACUCCGAAUGGUAAAAUAUAAUAUAAAGAUACUUAUCGGUUAA